CGAGCGCGCACACACACACACUGACUGGAGAGUCGGGCGCAUUCGCUCCUGCCAGGAAGUUGUUGGUAUUCGGGAAAUAACAAAGAGCCCCAAAACAGGUUUAUUAAACGCUUCGGACCUACACGUGGGAGAUUUGUGUAACGUGUUCGGGAUCUGGGUAUGAACUGGAGGAUUAUUAUUAACUAAUGGAGGAAUAAUCGAUGGAGGCGGACAGAAGUUUUGGGCUCGCCUGGGUCCUGCUGCUGCUGUUGGGCAUUACAGCCGCCACAGGGAGAGAAGUAUGUCUUGGGACCGAUAUGAAACUGGCUUUACCCUCCAGUCUGGAGAAUCAUUAUGAAAUGCUCAGGUUGCUCUACACUGGCUGUCAAGUGGUUCAUGGUAACCUGGAGAUCACACACCUGCAGGGCAAUCCAGACCUCUCCUUCCUGCAGGAGAUUGUGGAGGUUCAGGGUUAUGUGCUGAUAGCUCACGUCUCUGUGCGCUCCAUUCCUCUGGACAAUCUGCGGAUUAUACGAGGCAGUCAACUUUAUAACUCCAGCUAUGCUCUCGCUGUGCACAACAAUAGCAACAACAGUCAGACUGGACUCGGCCUGAGAGAACUACGCCUCAGAAGUCUAACAGAAAUCCUGCUUGGUGGGGUUUAUAUUUGGGGAAAUCCUCAGCUUUGCUUUCCUCGGAACAUUAACUGGGAAGACACAGUUAGUAAAGUUCAAAACAAACCACUGCACCUGCAAGACAUUCCAAAAAACUGUCCUCGUUGCUCUUCAGCUUGUAAAUCCAGUGGAUGUUGGGGAGAAAAAGAUCAGGACUGCCAAACAUUGACGUCUGUGGCCUGCUCUUCUGGCUGUUCGCGCUGUAAGGGCCCGAAACCCAGUGACUGCUGCCAUGUCCAGUGUGCUGCUGGGUGUACUGGGCCCAAAGACUCCGACUGUCUGGCCUGUCGACAUUUCAAUGACAGUGGGACAUGUAAAGACAACUGUCCGCCACCCACCAUCUAUGACCCAAUCACUUUCCAGUCCAAACCCAACAAGGACAAAAAGUUCAGCUUCGGAGCCACCUGUGUUAAACAGUGUCCCCAUAACUACCUGGCAAUGGAAGUGGCAUGCACAAUGGUCUGUCCCAAAGCCAACAAGGAAGUCAUUACCGUGGAGCCAGACGGCCAAGAAACACAGAAAUGUGAAAAGUGUGAAGGAGAGUGUCCAAAAGUGUGUUAUGGUCUAGGAAUGGGAAACCUACAGGGGGUUUCAGUGGUGGAUUCAACCAACAUUGACAUGUUCACCGGCUGCGAGAAGAUCUACGGCAGUUUGGCUUUUCUUUCAGACUCCUUCAAAGGAAAUGCAGUCACCAAUUCAUCCGGCUUGCAGCCCAGUGAUCUGGAGAAGUUGAAGUCGAUAGAAGAAAUCACAGGAUAUCUAUACAUAGAUGCAUGGUCAGAAAGCUUGCUUGAUCUGAGUGUUUUUGAAAACCUGAAGGUGAUCAGAGGACGAAUGCUUUACAAGGGUGUUUUUUCUUUGGGAGUUCAGUCUCUGCAGAUCGAGUCACUGGGAUUGCGUUCUUUACGCAGUGUCAGUGGAGGUUUAGUGUUGAUUAAUAAUAACUUUAGACUGUGCUACACCUCCUCUCUUCCCUGGACUUCACUGCUCCACCCAACACAAGGACCAAACCUCAUCAGCAACAACAACCAAGACCAGCAAACAUGUGUUUCAGAGGGGAGAAUAUGUGACUCCUUGUGUGGGGAUUCAGGUUGUUGGGGUCCAGGACCCAGUCAAUGUGUGUCGUGUGUGAACUACAAACGAGGAACGGAGUGUGUGGAGCUGUGUAACGUCCUACACGGGUCAGUGCGGGAGUUUGAGGAUGGAUUUAACUGUGUUCCUUGUCAUGCGGAGUGUCGACCAAUCAAUGGCACUGCCUCCUGUACAGGCCCAGGUCCAGAUCAGUGUACAGACUGUAUGCACUUUCAAGAUGGAGACAUGUGUGUCGAGCGCUGUCCCAGUGGAGUCAAAGAGGAACAACACACUGUAUGGAAAUACUCCAAUGCUACGGGACACUGUCUCCCCUGUGAGACCAACUGUACUGUCUCAUGUCCACUGGAUGAUAGAGGGUGUCCCAUUCAACAGAAAACUGGGCCCGGCACAACAGUUGCAAUCACGGUCGGUGGAGUGCUUCUCUUCAUCAUUUUGCUGGCUCUGCUGGUGUUUUACCUGCGGCGACAGAAACACCAGAAAAAGAAAGAAACCAUGAGGAGACGUCUACAGGAGCAUGAGCUGGUGGAGCCGCUGACCCCGAGUGGAGCAAUGCCAAACCAGGCUCAGAUGCGGAUCCUUAAGGAGACAGAGCUGAAGAAGCUCAGAGUGCUGGGCUCCGGAGCCUUCGGCACCGUCUAUAAGGGUAUCUGGGCUCCUGAUGGGGAGAACGUCAGGAUCCCUGUGGCUAUCAAAGUUUUACGUGAGAACACCUCACCCAAAGCCAACAAAGAAAUCCUGGAUGAGGCUUAUGUAAUGGCCGGUGUAGCGAGCCCAUAUGUGUGCCGUUUGCUGGGAAUUUGUCUGACAUCAACGGUUCAGCUGGUUACUCAGCUCAUGCCAUACGGAUGCUUGUUGGACUACGUCAGAGAGAACAAGGACCGCAUUGGCUCUCAGUACCUCCUCAGCUGGUGUGUUCAGAUUGCAAAGGGAAUGAGUUACCUUGAGGAAGUGAGGCUGGUUCACAGAGAUCUUGCUGCUAGAAAUGUUCUGGUAAAAAACCCAAACCAUGUAAAGAUUACAGACUUUGGGCUUGCCCGACUGCUGGACAUUGAUGAGAAGGAGUACCACGCUGAUGGAGGAAAGGUGCCGAUCAAAUGGAUGGCGCUGGAGUCCAUAUUACACCGGAAGUUUACUCACCAAAGUGACGUGUGGAGUUACGGGGUGACUGUGUGGGAGCUGAUGACCUUUGGCAUGAAGCCGUAUGAGAGUUUUCAAGCGCGGGACAUUCCAGACCUGCUGGAGGCCGGAGAGCGACUCUCACAGCCGUGCAACUGCACCAAAGAUGUCUACAUGAUCAUGGUCAAAUGUUGGCAGAUCGAUCCUGACAAUCGACCGAGAUUUAAGGACCUGGUGGAGGAAUUCACCAUCAUGGCACGGGAUCCCUCACAUUAUGUUGUCAUUCAAAACGAAGAUGAGAUGAGUCUGUCGAGUCCAGUUGAUAGCGAGUUCUUCCGCAUCCUGAUGGCAGAGGAGGGUGGGAAUGUGAAGGAGUUUCUGGAUGCAGAGGAAUACCUGGUGCCGCAGCCCGGCAGCAUCUUCAAUACACAUGGAGAAAUGAGAGCCAACGGGCCGAGCAGACACCACUCACACAGGAGUACAGAUCAAGUGGUAGAGGUGGAUGGUUUGCCCAACGGGAGAGAGUUGUAUUCUUCUGUCAGCAUGAUAGGACAGAGUCAAUACCCAACUCUUCCAGUGGGCGCAACAGCCAAUGGCAUGUGGCCUGGGACACAGUACCCGCCUCUAGCCCGGAGCAUCUCACACCGCUCAGCUGGAGGCCAAUCAGACUCUGUGUUUCUGGAUGGUUACGUGGAGGACAGCUGCCCCCCAUCCAGCCCUUGUCGCUAUUCUAAAGACCCCACCAUGCCCAACGGCAUUGAUGGAGAGCUGGAGAUUGAUGGCAACAUGGUUUUCCUCUCUCAUACACUGCCACGAGGAACACACACACAACCUGAGUAUGUGAACCAGGAUGUGGCAUCAGAGAGGCCCAGCACGCUUCCACGCAAAGCUAGUGAGAGGAGAUUCAUCCUCAACGGCCUCAGCACAGGGAACAGUGUGGAGAACCCAGAAUACCUGGUGCCAAUAGGCAGCAUCACACCCACCUCGCCAGCCUUCGACAACCCCUACUACCAUGAUAUUGCAGCUAAAGCUCAGGCAGUGGCCAGAGUGGCCAUAAAUGGAGGAACAAAUCACAGGCAGCCCAACGGAUACAUGAUGCCCACUGCAGAAAACCCAGAGUACCUGGGCCUGGCAGACACAUGGAGCGGCCACAAGGAGUACACCUAAGAAGAAGCUUCAGUGUGUGUGAAUGAGUGCAGUGUGUGGAAAUGAAUGUGUCAAUGAGACUGUAUGUGUGGAGAUGAAAGUGUUGGUGACUUUCUGUGUGUAUGUGUGUGUGCACUGGUUUAGCUAUACUUGUGAGGGUUAAAUUGUUCACACUUAUAUAUUAAAAUAUGAUAAAGUAAACGAGCCACUAGUGAGGACAUUUCACUGGUCCUUACUAAUUAAAACUGCUUAUAAAUUGUCCAGAGCAUGUUUUUAUUAGUAUCUAAUGAUUGCCUCUUGUUUCUGUGAGGUUUGAGUUUAGGGUUAGAGUUAGUUCCAUUCCCAAUUCUACCUUAGCCUUAGCCCUUCUACUUACCCCUAACCUUUAAUUCGUGCAUUCACGUGAAGGGAUAUGGGUGUCCCAAAUCUCUUUUGCUCUGAGGCAUAGGGGUAUGAUUUUUUUGAGGACCACACUCCAAACCAAGGGGUUUGAGAGAUUUACCUGAAUACAUCAGCAACAUGGAUACAAAAGUGAGGAGUGAGAUACAUAAAUGUAACAAAAAGGGCUUAAUAAGGAUUUUUUGUACAAACAAGCAUCUAAUUUAUUACAUUGAUAAAUCUCGCUAACAAUACUCCUUAAUAAAAUAAUAGCUGCAAAACAUAUUUGAAAUUCUGAUAGCAUAACCCAAAGACUUGGGUUGGAAAGCCAGUCUGUCAGAAAAGUCUGGUGGCAGUGAAUGUGCUUUUUACAGCACGUCUGCUAUAAUGUUAAUGUUGUUUUCUUGUUGUUACAUCCAUGAAUAUGAUCACUGUAAAUACAGUAGCUCUGUAACAGUGUUACCCAAAUACAUCACAAGAUAACUUUGCGAGCCAGGCCGGUCACCGAAUGCACUUUUCAUUUCUGAAAACGCGAGAUGCACUGCCUUUUUGAUAUUAGGAAAGAGCAGUGGACUGCGCUUUUUAUCUCAUUGGGCACUAUAUUAAUGCUGGAGCUAGUGACAACACAUGAUGACAAUUAGUUAUAAUAAUGGUGUCCAAUUUCAUAAUUUCACCACUUCACACUCGAUUUUAAGGGCCGAGGGGAAGGUGUAAAAUAGAACUGGGAUUAUAUCAUUAAACUGAUAUAAAAACAAUAGAAGUCUAUGUAAUGUCCUCACUAAUCAACGAAAACAAACCAUUGUGUGUGUGGAGAUGAAUGUGUUGGGGAGUAUGUUUGAAGAUGAAGGUAUGUGUGUGUGUGUUUGCAUGUGGAGAUGAGCGUGUAUGUGUUUGUACGUAUUUGUGAAGGAUGUUCCCAAUGGGAAUGGUUUCUCAUGGCUUUCUACUAAAUUACCACAAGAAUCUAUGUAGCAUUCUGUACUGGAGUAUGAACUUGAAGAUGGAUGCAUUUGCAGAAUUUACCAAAAAACAAACAAACAAACAAACAAACAAAAAAAAAAAACUGGUAUUUGCGCCUGACGGUAAUUUUUUUUUUAAAAGACUGUUUGAAUGAUGUUAACACUGGAAGAUGUCUUUCGAUACAUAUAGAAUACAUUGAGGAUUUUGGAUGUUCGCUUUGGAAAAUUACUUUUUGUUUUCCCAGCCGGAGUUUAAACAGCUUUAAAGACUGUUGGACAGGAGCUGGACACAAUCAUCUGCUGUGUGUGUGUGUUUCCGGCUGAGCAGCUUCAGUGGCAAUGAAUGAAAGACUCACAUUAUCAGCGUCUGAAGUGAGUGUGAUGUUCAGCAAUUCAACAGCAGCAGUCCUCAUCUCUCACACAUACAGGUUUUCACAUUUGUUUGGGUGUUUUUGUAGAAAAAAAACAGUAAUCAUUUUUAUUAUGGGCUGUACAGAUGUAUGUAAAGCAAAGGGUGAAUCUCAGAUGUUGUGCAGGUCAUAUUGAAGAUUUUGGGUGUAUUUACAUGGCAACGGUCUUCUAGAAAUGAAAAGUUUUUCUCAAUUUUAAACACAAAUCCAGGAAAACAACUAGAAAUGCUCUGUUAUGCAUGCAAGUUUAGCAGUUGGUGAUGCCACUUUGUAAAGAACUGCACUGAUUUGUUUUACUCAAGCAUGUUUGUAGACUGAAUCUUCAAAAAUUAAAUCUUCAAAUUGUGUGACGUCCCCAAAAUGAAGGUGUCACCAACAGUGCAAAAGCAUUAAGUGACGUUUUAUAAACUAAUUUCGAGAGGAGCACGUGAUAUGAUUGAGCACGUCUGGCCACUAAUCUGUAAUCAGUAAUAAUCCAAUCAGAGUGAUCCUAGUUUACUAUAAAUGAAUCAUUUUCUCCCUACUGCUCUAUCUUCGUUUGGAAGAAUCCCCCCCUUCCACCCCAUCUCCUCCUUUUCCUCCCUUUUCUAAAGGGGGAGCUCUCGAGACCUACCUGAUCUCGGAUCUCCUGAUAUGCUUAUCGACCGGGCGGGAGCCCUGGGCUCAAAUAUCUCCGAGCUCAGGGUUCUCUCCCAGGACAGCAUGCCAAACCUGCUUUAAACACCAAGCAUAUCUAAGUGGGAACUCUUGAAAUGUUUUCUGUUUUAGGUGAAAUCGAUGUUGUGUAAAUGAUCCCAUAAUUCAAUUAUUGUGCUUAAAGAACAUUCUAACGCUAACCACAGUCACACUACAGUACACAGACUCAAUUCCUGGAGGGCUGCAGCCCUGCAGUUUCGUUCCAACCCUGCUCCAACACACUUACCUGUAGGUUUCUAACAAGCCUGAAGGAUUUCAUUAGUUUAAUCAGGUGUAUUUAAUUAGGGUUAACGCUGAACUGCAGAGCUGCGGCCCUCCAGGAACUGAGUUUCACACCUGUGCACUAGAGUUUGAGCUUGCAAAAUUUUGUCGUGUGGCACUGCGAAAAAGGGCAGGAUUAAGCAAGAUGAGAAGACGGUUAAAAA